AUGGCCCACUCCAAGCAAACCAAUCGCCGUCGUUCCUCCUCCUUAUGCCACCGUCAUCCUUCCGCUAAACCCACCAGCGGUUUCUGCGCCUCCUGCCUCCGUGAACGCCUCGUCACCAUCGAGGCUCAGUCUCCAUCUUCCCCCGCCGCCAUUCAGACCCCUGAGCUCCGCCGCAUUCGAUCCUACUCCGUUCGAAACGCAUCCGCCGCAUCCGUUUCAGAGCAGCCGAGACGGAGAUCGUGCGACGCCAGGUCAAGCGCGAGCUCUCUCCACGACCUGUUCGUCGAUGAUGACGAAGAACGGCCUGAUAGCUCGAUUCGUAAGCCUCUGGUCCCGGAUUUGAAAGAGGAGGAAGAAGACGAGGAAGAUUACUACGACGGAGACGAUAUCAAAGGUUUUGAUGAGGAGAAACCGAUGAAGAUCGUUGAAGAAGAAAUCGACAAUGGAGAAAGUGGAGAGCACAAGACGAUGAAGGAGUUUAUAGAUCUGGAUCGGGGAAACCAAAUCAGGAAGCACAACGGCAAAGAUUUAAAGGAGAUCGCGUCGGUUUUCAGCAGGAAACUGAAGAGUUUCUCACUGAAUCAUCAGAAGAACAAGCGAAAUGACGGAAAAUUAGAUGCUAGAUUCGCCGGAAUUGGGAUUGGCCGUCGCUCGUGUGAUUUUGAUCCUAGAUUAUCUCUCGACGGAGGUAGAAUCUCGUUCGAUAAACCUAGGGCGUCAUGGGAUGGGUGUUUGAUCGAAAAAUCAUACAGCAAGCUGACGCCAUUGUCUACUGUGACGGAAGAUGCUAAAACCUUACCGGAGAAGAAAUCAGACGGCGAAGAAGAAGAAGAAGAGGAGGAGAAGAGCCCAGGCGGGACAGUUCAAACGAGGAACUAUUACUCGGAUUCCCGUCGAAGAAGAAGCUUUGAUCGAUCGAUUUCGAUCAAGAGACAAGGAUUGCUCGAGGUUGAUGAAUUGAAAUCUAUCUCCAACGCAAAGGUAUCACCUGAAACUGCUGGGUUGUUUCAUGGCGCAAAGCUAUUGGUUACAGAGAAGGAGCUUCGGGAUUCGAAUUGGUAUUCGAUAAAAACUCACAAACCAGAGAGCGUGGUUGAAUUAGUCUCUAAAGGCAAGAUUUGUGUAGCUGCUAGUGAGAGGAAGCAGGAUAGUGUAGAGUUAAAGAAACCUAGAAAGAAAUGGCCAAAGGGAUGGAAUCUCUGGGGGCUUAUACAGAGGAAAAACGAGACGAAGAACGAAAUCAAAACCGAGCAAAGUUUGAAACUCGAAGAGAAAGCGAUCGAAGGUUCUUUGGCUGAGUCUCUGUUGAAGCUUAGGAGAGUAGGUAAAGGAGAAAACAACGGUGGUGUUAGUGAGAAGCUUUUGAAAAGCUACAGCGUUAGCGCGAGAAAGUCUUGCGAUGGCUCGUUUAGUAGUAGUGCUGCUAUAGCCAGUGGCUUUGAAGGUGGAAGAAGCUCGUGUGAUGGUCUGUUUCAUGGAUCUAUGAACAGUGUUGAGGUUGGGAGAAGCUCGUGUGACGGAUUGGUUAAUGGCAUUGAGAGGCAACAAAGUCAUCAUCUUCACCAGAGAAAAGCAAAUGAUGGUACGUACGUCCGAGAAAACCUUGAUAAAAGUUUGUUUAGAUUCUAUUUGACUCCUGCAAGGAGCCAAAAAGCUAGCAAAUCCGGAAAGAGUAGGCUGAUGAAUUAG